CCUCGCUCCAUCCCGCCCCGUCCUGGACCCUGGGUAGGGGCGGCUGUCGGCGCCAUGGGGACCGCCUCGUCGCUCGUGAGCCCCGCGGGCGGGGAGGUAAUCGAGGACACGUACGGGGCAGGCGGCGGAGAGGCCUGUGAGAUCCCGGUGGAGGUGAAGCCCAAGGCUCGCCUGCUGCGUAGCUCGUUCCGCCGGGGCACGGGAGCGGCGGCUGCAGGGGCCGGGCCCGGGUCGCUGCCCCGCGGGGCCGGCGGCGGCGGGCUGCUGGGGGCCAGCUUCAAGUCCACCGGCUCGUCGGUGCCGGAGCUGGAGUACGCGGUGGCCGAGUACGAGCGGCUGAAGAAGGAGUACGAGAUCUUCCGGGUCAGCAAGAACCAGGAGUUGCUGUCCAUGGGCCGCCGCGAGGCCAAGCUGGACACGGAGAACAAGCGGCUGCGGGCCGAGCUGCAGGCACUUCAAAAAACUUACCAGAAGAUACUUCGGGAAAAGGAAAGUGCUUUGGAAGCCAAAUACCAAGCAAUGGAGAGAGCAGCUACAUUUGAACAUGACAGAGAUAAAGUUAAAAGGCAGUUCAAGAUUUUUAGGGAGACCAAGGAAAAUGAAAUUCAGGACUUAUUGAGGGCCAAGCGAGAGUUGGAGAGCAAACUUCAAAGGCUACAGGCUCAAGGGAUCCAAGUAUUUGAUCCUGGGGAGUCUGAUUCAGAUGACAACUGUACAGAUGUUACUGUACCACUGGAAAAUGACCAGCAUCCUACUUUUAUUACUAACUUUUGA